AUGAAGGGCAACAAAGGACCUGAAGGUGGCAAGGGACCUGGUGGAAAUUCUCAACCUAAAGGACCUAACGGCGAUAAAGGGCUAAGCGGCGAGAAAGGAAUGAAGGGCAACAAAGGACCUGUUGGUGAAAAAGGACCUAAAGGUGGCAAGGGACCUGGUGGAAAUUCUCAACCUAAAGGACCUAAUGGCGAUAAAGGGCUAAGCGGCGAGAAAGGAAUGAAGGGCAACAAGAAAAGGACCUGA